AUGCACCAGCACGUAACCUACCUACGCCUGAAGCGACUCCCUUUUAAGCUUCACUGCUCGAGCAUCACCACCACUGCCUUUUACGCGUUUUACCUUCGCGCGCGCAGUGCGUUUUCCACGGUCACCCCCAGUGGCGCCACCGCCGUGCAGCUCUGGCAGCUCGCGGAGCGGGUGGAGCUGGAUGAGGAUUUGAGUUCGAUCCGACGCGACGUCUGCAAUGAUUCCCGUGGCGGGGAGUUGAGAGCCUCGCUUACUUCACCGCGGCGGAUCUUGCUUGACAAACGCUCUCACCCCAGCCUCCAUCUCGCCUGUUGGGCCGUGGUGGUGUACGCGUGUUGGUGGUUGGGAAAAAGCUCCGCGAUGUAUCGUUGGAUUCGCGGGGAUAGCCUCGACACCCUCGCGGGGUAUAUUCGCUAUUUCCUCAUCAUCCCCGCCCCGGGGUUCGCGCGGUUGAUCGCACCGAAGUUUCGCGAGCUCAUGGCGCGUCUGCUUGGGAUCUCCGGCAUCAACAAGGAUAGCGCGGUUUUUAUGGAGGAGCAUUUUCAUCGUCUGUGUGCGGCGCUCGAGGCGCACUUUGGGCAGCACCCGGAGGGGAUUUUUCUCCUCCGGACGCCCCACCCGACGUUGGCGGAUGUUACGCUCGGGGCGGUGUUUUCUGGUGGGUUUCUUCGCGACGACCCCCCGGCGUCGUUCGUCGCCGAAAAGUAUCCCAACCUGGCGGCGUACGUGGCGCGCGUUACGGGAUGGAAAGGCGGGAUUUUUGUGAAUUCCCCGCCCCGCACCGGCAAGGGCGAGGGAGAUAAGGAGGGGCGCCACUCCGAUCCCGUUUUUUCCGCUGCCUCCUCUUCGGAGGAGGAGGACGUCUACCCGGACGAAGUUCCGGAAUCUCUUAGUGCGUUUUUCGAGAACAUGAUUGAGGUUUUUCCGUUUUUAGUCUCCCAGUGCGCCGCGUUUAAGGCCUAUAUGAGCAGCGACGCGGUGCGCUCGCUGAGGCGGGAGCCGCUGGAGGAGCCAUGGAAGGGCUGCCACGGUUAUCUCCUUCCACAACUCACAGCGAUUCGCUCAUUAAUGAUUAUCGACAGUUCGAUUUUUAACGUUCACGCCCGCGCGCAGGAUCUGGAGGUCGCGUUUUUGGCGGCUCGCGAGGUGUGCGAUGACGCGCUUGGGCAUUUCAACCGACUCGACGCCGCGGCCGCGCGGGAGGAAUCAACCGAGGCGGGCGUACGUUCGAUUGCGGGUGAAUCAUCCCCCUCCCCCUCUCCUUCACCCAACGCCAUCGUUUUGGAACCCCACCCAAGCGCGCCCGAGAUGGGCAACGAAACCAGCUCCGCACUUGACAAGAAAAUUGAAAACGAUGCGAUAUCUAAUCCUCCCCUCCAGGAGGGUGAGGCCCCUCUAGAGAGUCUGGGCAGCGAGCGGCAGCGCUUUUUCACGGCCGCGGAGCUGAAGGAUUUCGAUCCCGAUUCAGCGGACUUUUAUCGUGUGUUUACCACGCAAGGGAAACGCAGCAUGCGUAGCGUGGCGCUACGGAGGUCCCCUCGCGUGGUGGGGGAUCUCGUGAAGGGCCGCGUCAACCCUGAGAGGGCUGCUGUGGCCCUUCGUUCUUCGAUUGGGGAUCAUCUGGAUUUGAUUCGGUCCAUGAUGUCGAAGAUGCAAUGCCCCCAGUAUACCCUCUCGACUGUUUUUCAUGGGCGGCGAGUUUAUGUAGCAGUAAUUCCCGAACACGAGGUUGAUAAGGUACGCAAACAGCGGAGUUAA